AGGAGUAGAAAUAUAGUGGAUGACCUUAGGGCUUAGGCACUUAUUUUGGCAUCAUAGAGAGGUGUUGAAGGAGCUUUUGAAUGCUUUCCCCCCGUUGGCCAUGACCACUGAUUCAUCCAACACUACAGCUUUACACACAGCUGCUACUCAAGGCCAUAUUGAUGUUGUCAAUCUCCUUUUGGAGACUGACUCAAAUCUUGCUAAGAUAGCCCGAAACAAUGGUAAAACAGCUCUCCACUCUGCUGCGAGGAUGGGACAUUUGGAAGUUGUGAAAUCCCUAAUAAGCAAGGAUCCAAGUACUUGUUUUAGGACUGAUAAGAAGGCCCAAACUGCAUUGCACAUGGCAGUGAAGGGAACCAAGAUAGACAUUGUGCUUGAAUUGCUUAAACCUGAUCCUUCAGUCAUUAUGUUGGAAGAUAACAAAGGGAACACGGCAUUGCAUAUUGCAACAAGGAAGGGCCGCAUACAGAUAAUAUGCUGUUUAUUAUCAGUUGAGGGUAUCAAUGUCAGUGGAAUCAACAAGGAUGGACAAACCCCACUAGAUAUUGCAGAGAAAUGUGACAGUGUGGAGACUCUGGAGAUUGCCUCAGUUCUAAAGGAAGCAGGGGCUACAAGAUCUAAGGACAUGGUAAAUCCUUCAAAUCCAGCAAAACAACUGAAGCAGACUGUUAGUGACAUAAAGCAUGAUGUGCAGUCCCAACUCCAACAGACCCGUCAAACUAAGGCUCAGGUUCAGAAGAUACAAAAAAAUCUGAAGAGGCUUCACUCAAGUGGCCUUAAUAAUGCAAUAAACUCUGCCACUGUUGUUGCCAUUCUAAUUGCAACGGUUGCUUUUGCUGCCAUCUUCAUUGUUCCUGGACAGUAUGUUCAGGCAAAUGCAAGUGGCAUCUCUCUUGGGCAAGCAAAUAUUGCAAAUAAGGCAGCAUUCCUUAUAUUCUUUGUUUGCGAUGCCAUGGCCCUGUUCAUCUCCUUGGCUGUUGUUGUGGUGCAGACUUCUAUAGUUGUAAUUGAGCAGAAAGCAAAGCAGCAGCUCAUGUUUGUCAUUAACAAGAUCAUGUGGCUGGCUUGCCUCUUCAUAUCAGCAGCCUUCAUUUCUCUCACGUAUGUCGUGGUGGGUCGGCAUGCACAGUGGCUCGCUGUGUACACCACAGUGGUUGGUGGCACGAUAAUGCUGACUACUGUUGGUUCCAUGUGCUACUGUGUUGUCAUGCACAGGAUUGAGGAGUCAAAUAUGAGGAAUAUAAGGAGAGCGUCAGGCAGCAGAUCACAUUCAUUCUCUGUGUCUAUGGUUUCUGAGUCUGAGCUGCUGAACGAGUAUAAAAGGAUGUAUGCAGUUUAGUAGUGGGGUAGUUUGGAGGUGUGUGUAAAGCCCCUGUGAAGAUCAUUUUAGCUCCUUCAAAACUGUUGCUGCUUCCGCUCUAGCAAAAUUAUGGUUCAGCCAGUUAACUUGAGAGCGAAUAUGAAGAGAACAACAUUUCACAUGUACUACUAUGGUCCUGCAGCUCCAGGAAAUGACAAUUGAGUAUACUCUUCUUGGUUAUGUGUUUUGAAAAUUACAAGAAUUGGAAUAACAGUUGCCCCAUUUAUUGUCCUUUUCAUUUUUCUACUUGUAUAAAAGAAGCCAGCUUCGAGUCAGAAGCACUUGAUCAACUGCAUUGUGUUUCAGUAACAUCACUUAAAUCAGAUUUGUUGGUGUA